GCGAUUUGGGCGAUUCUGGUGAGACUUGAGCGGGGCUCCAUCUCUGCUAGGUUCUUUGUCUGAUUCCUCUUUUCUUUCCUUUGCUCUGGUACGAUUCUUUACUUUUCCUAAUGAAUCUCUCAACGAAUUUUCCUGUUCUUCGUUCUUCUCUUUUCGAUCGUAACCCUAGUUCUAUGAAAGGAGUGCGAUCUGCUAUUAAUGUUUUACAUAAUAAGGGCUCUAGUUCGGCUGUUAGUGGCAAUAUUCUCGAUUGUGUGGAGGGUGCUUCCGUGGUAAGUGAACAUGUUGCCACAUCGCUGGUUCAGCCUGAGGUCCAACUCCUGCGUAAGGAAGUAGAACCAAAACAACAAAUGGAUGCUGUGACUUCAACUGGUGUUUUGGAGGGUAUCUCUAACCCUACACCUUGUUGGACCGAGAUUGUUGUGCCGAAACCAGAUGGUCCUCGUAUGAAGCUAUCCUACCACCCCCCACAGAUUAAGGAGGCUAGAGUAGUAGUGUGUCCUCCUCCUGAGGUUGUUGACGCAGGGGUUUCUCGGUGGAAAGACUGCGUGGUUAGGUAUUUUUUGGAUAAGAAACUGCCUUUUAGUGCUGUUGAGAGUAUCGCUUUUCAGAUUUGGAAGAGAUUUGGUAUUCAGAAGGUUAUGUCUAACGACCAGGGUUUUUUCUUCUUUAAGUUCUCCCAAGCGGAUGGUCAUGAGAAGGUUGUUGCAGCUGGGCCUUGGCAUUUUGGGGAAAAACUUCUCAUUCUCAAGCAAUGGUCCCCUCAGUUGGAGCUUAGGAAAGAGCAGUUUACCAAAGUCCCUAUCUGGGCUCAACUCUAUAAUGUUCCUUUGCAGCUAUGGCAUGAGGAUGGCUUGAGCUUUAUAGCUAGUGCUAUUGGGGUACCUUUAUAUGCUGAUAAACUAACAGAGAGUUAUAAGAGGCUAAGCUAUGCUAGACUAUGUGUGGAGGUUGAGGUUGGCUCUAUCCUACCUGACACUAUUGACGUGGAGUGCUCCAAUGGUCUUGCUGCUACUAUAGGAGUUAAAUAUCCCUAG